GAAGAGAAAGAGAGAGAGUGAGAGAGGCUUACCUAAAGCGGUUCCAUGUAGUCUGCAGCUUGGACGUGCCAUGUAUGUCUCAUUUAAAUUCUUCCGUGCUGCAGUGAAUAGAAUGGGACGUUAUUCCACAUAAAUCAACGCAGCCUGGACGUGUUUUUUAUUUGUUUUUUUAUUUUUUUAUUUUUUUGACGAACGGAUUAACAAACCUCAUCUCAACCCGCAAUGAGAUUCAGCACUUUGGACAGCGGCAGCUGCCAAUUGAAGAAAUUCAUUUGAGGAUAAGAAGCAGCUUGAUGACCAGAGACACCGUGACACGCCACGGAGGGAAAAGGGUGAGGAGUAGCUGCCACGUGGCAAAAAGAAGCGGAAGACGAGUAGGAGAAGGAGGAGGAGGGGACCGAGGAUGGAUAUUCAGCCCAGUGUAAAAGCCUCCCCGCGGGGAUGCCGGCAUCGGACGCAAGGCCUCACGAGCCGUUGACCUGCUGUCUCUGUGAUUUAUGGCGCCGUUGGGAGGGGGGAGGCUCCAGGCCACUGCAGACUCCUCGCUCUCUCCUCCGUCUCCCUUCACACACACCGCAGGAAGAACCCGUGCAGGAAUUCUUGACGCGGUGUGAUUUGCAUCACGGGCGUGCACAUGCAUAAAUCCACGAACCGGAUCACCGCUUUGUACAUUGUCUCCUAUACACAAAUAAACUCCUCUCUCAACAGUCAACUGCAGUGCAGCAAUUCCAUCACAUGUUUGUUAGACAAAGCCCACUCUGGGAGUCCGUGUGGAUUACUAUCAGUCAUGGCGUGUCAGUUGUAGACCACAGGGAAGGGGGGGGGGGGGCACUGAGAAAUCGAUGGAAGUGCACCGAGUAACCAAGUGAUGUUCUCGCACUCGUGCUGAUUCCACAUACCGCUCUGCCUCCAUGUAGUAGAACACUCCCAACAAGUUCUUAAAAAUUGAUUGAGAGCCCGCCGGUGCCCUCGCCAUGGUGUUGCCGCCCCCCGACAAACGCCACGUGUGCUUAACCACUAUUGUCAUCAUGACCAGCAUGGCCUUCAUGGACGCCUACCUGGUGGAGCAGAACCAGGGGCCCAGGAAGAUCGGCGUGUGUAUCAUCGUGCUGGUCGGCGAUGUGUGCUUCCUCAUCGUGCUGCGAUACGUAGCCGUGUGGGUCGGAGCCGAGGUGCGCACGGCCAGGCGAGGAUACGCCAUGAUCCUCUGGUUCCUGUACAUCUUUGUGCUGGAGAUCAAGCUCUACUUUGUUUUCCAGAAUUGCAAAGCCGACAGGAAGAGUCUGGAGACGGUGGCACGGAAAGCAUUGACGUUACUUUUAUCGGUGUGCGUUCCCGGUUUGUAUUUGGUUCUUGUGGCUCUUGAUAGCAUGGAAUAUGUGAGAACUUUCCGCAAGAAGGAAGACAUGCGGAGCCGUCUCUUCUGGGUGGCGCUGGACUUGCUUGAUCUUCUGGACAUUCAAGCCAACCUGUGGGAGCCCCAACGCACAGGCCUGCCCAUCUGGGCAGAAGGUCUGAUGUUCUUCUACUGCUACAUCUUGCUGCUCAUCCUGCCCUGCGUGUCACUCAGCGAGAUCAGCAUGCAGGGCGAGCACAUGACCCCUCAGAAGAUGAUGCUCUACCCGAUUCUCAGCUUGGUCACCAUCAACAUGGUCACCAUCCUCAUAAGAGGCGUCAACAUGGUGCUCUUUCAGGACAGCCGGGUUUCAACCAUCUUUGUCGGCAAGAACGUGGUCGCCAUCGCCACUAAAGCAUCCACCUUUCUGGAGUACCGCAAGCAGGUGAAGGAGUUCCCUCACCCUCAAAACGCCAUGGCGAUGGAGAUGCAGCAGAACUCUGUCAGCCACACGCAGACUCUGCCCAACGCCACCACUUUGCCGCAUGAACCUACACUGGCGCAGGACGUCAUUGACACAUGACCGCCACCGUUUUCCACUGUGUGGACGAUCCUAGAAUGUGGAUUAACCAGCAACAUGAUUCAACCUGUGAGUUUUAACGAUAGAACAAAAAGUUGAGAAGUUUGUGUUUUGGUAGAUUAAAUCUCUGGUAACGAUGCUUUUUGCUAGUUUGGGAAGCUAACUCCUUUUAUAGGAUAACUCAUUUGUGGAACAGGAUCAGCACCACUGAGUAUAUGCAUAACAUGCCAGAUCUAUACUGCCUAUGUCAAACAGCCAAUAACUCUUGUUUUGAUGUACCACCAGUUAAUUAGGCAAUACCUACACUAGAACCUUAUCAUGUGGAGAAACGUUCUGUUCAGCACCAAAUCCAGAUUCUGUCUAUGGAAGAUGGAUCCAUAGAGUCUUUCUGUUUUGGCUAAAUGCAUAUUCACUCUGUCCUCAAUGACUUAAUCUCGAAGGCCUCUAACAUAUAAUGUCCCUUUGCUGUACUCGUUCUUGAUCCUAUCCAUCCUGGUCACUCCCAAUGAGAACCUCAGCAUAGAGUAACACCUAAUUUUUGUGUGCCAGUAUCUCCAUUACUGAGUAUAUGUAUAACAUGCCAUAUCUGAACUGUGACUCUUGAUGUUCUGGUACCGCCAGUUAAUUAGGCAAUACCUACACUAGAACCUAAACAUGUGGAGAAACGUUCUGUUCAGCACCGAGUCCAGAUUCUGUCUAUGGAAGAUGGAUCCGUACAGUCAGGGUCUUCUUCUUCUUCAGUCUCUUUCGGCUUUUCCCUUCAGGGGUCGCCACAGCAAAUCAACUGCCUCCAACUGCCUCCAUCCAACCCUUCUGUUUUCCAUCCAAGGUCUUCUGUAUCUGUCUCUCUUUUACACCAACUACCCUCAUGUCUUCCUCUACGCCUCCUUCCUGGCAGCUCUAAACGCAGCAUCCUUCUAUCAAUAUAUUCAGUCUGUCCUCAAUGACUUAAUCUCGAAGACCUCUAACAUGUAAUGUCCCUUUGAUGUACUUUGUUCCUGAUCCUAUCCAUCCUGGUCACUCCCAAUGAGAACCUCAGCAUUUCACUGCUAGAGUAACACUUAAUUUUGUGCAUGGAAAACAUGGCUUGUGGUCCAUCAAUCCAUACAUCAAUCAUCUUCCCCAUAAUCGAGGUCGAGCCUAAGACGAGAAGCGCAGACUUUCCUAUCCGAAAAAAAAACCUCCACUGUAUUCUUAUUCCUCCAAAACAUGUCGGUAGGGUCAGAGAUAAUCUGGUCGGCUCGCUUUGCCAACAAGUUUUCCCUUAUUUAUUUGUCAAAGUUGGCAACUCCAAACCUAAAUUGCUUCAACUGGUUAAGGAGUGGAAUGCCGUCCCACAGCAGUGUGUGACCAGUCUGUUGUGGAUGUGUACGCUUCUUCGAUUGAAGUUAUGUUGUCUUUUCCUUGUUACCGAUAAAACAAGCAACAUGAACUUUUUGGCAACGUUCAUACCCAGUGGUUGCUGCUUAUCCCCCAAAUGCAGCAUCUUAUAAAGGGCAAUUAAAGGGCUUUCCAAAUGUACUGGCAAGAAGCAGUGUUACAAAGGAGAAAUAAUCCAAGGAACAUGAAUUUAUGUUUACAUUAAAGCUUCACUUGACGCUGGAGACAGAAAAAAAACAUUUUAAACACUUGUGUUUUUAACUCUUCUGAGGUUUUAAAAGUUCAAACUGUAUCAAGAGACUCCUGAACUCAGCAGAGCAGAAAAUUUAUGUUGUGUAAAUGGUGAGAGUCGGCCCUCCCCUCUGUGAGUAGCUUCUAUUUUUCAAAAGGUCACAUUUUAAUGUGGCUUUUCCCUUUUGAGUACCUGCACCAAAAAAAAAAAAAAAAAAGGGACCACUUAGCUUCUCGAUGCCCUCCAGUCGUGGGGCAAAGAGGAGCAGACUGUGACAAGCAGCCUUGGCAAGCUGCUCUCUGUGUGCUGUGCCGCAGCGAGGUCGAUGGCGGACCGACGCUUGGCCUGGUGUGACGGUGUUUGUGGAAGCCGCAGCCUCAGGCGGUGUGACGCUUUUGGAACUACGGGGUUUGAUUAAAGAGAAGCACCACAGCACCGCUGGACCGUCCACUGCGAGCGCACAGUCACACAAGUACACACAGUGUGCAUCGCACACAGUGAAAGUGCAUGCACUCAAGUAUAUAGACUAUGUACGCCUGCAAAUGUGUGUGUGUGUGUGCUUUGUUUAUUACAGACCAUUUUGUAAUACAUGCAAGUGUGUGUGUGUGUGUGUGUGUGUGUGUGUGUGUGUGUGUGUGUGUGUGUGUGUGAAGUGAAAAAAAUAUGUUGUGAUGUCACGAAAAAUAAAAAAUUUAGUUUUUUUUUUCUUAACUGUACAUUCCUGAAAACAAACUUUGAAAAUGAGAGAAAACACAGCAUCAAUGUUUUGUUGACGGAUAAACAAAAGAAAAUCAAAUACAUACAAAUAAACAAAAAUACCUUUAUUCAGUUCAUUCUGAUUAUAAUUUGUAUUAUUCUUAAUAUUGUUGUUGCUAUGAUUACCCUGUGCAUUAUUUACCAGUGGGAGGCCAAUUAUGUUUUAAUAAAGAAUAUUGAUGAAAACAUUGUUUCAAUUGAUAUUGUCACACAGGAAGCUAAAUAGCUAGUUGGUAAAAAGUUGUGGAAAACACUACUGCCUUAUAGUGUUUUGGGAGAAAAUUGCAAAUCAUGAAGUAACAUAAUGACAAUAAUGAUAAUGAUCUGGAGUACAUGAGAAAAUGGAAACAAAAACAGCUCUUUCCUUACGAUUUCGUUUUUUCUAUCACGAUUUUUCAAAAAUAUACUGUGAUUGAAUACAACCUAUUAGUCAGAAAAUACGCAUAUAUAAGCUAAUUUGAUUUAUUUUUGUUAAUUACAACUUUGCUGUUUUCUUUGUGUCUCAUAACUUUUGCUUAAUAUUUCAACACCAUGGUACUAAAAUUACAGAAUUUUGUUUAGAACAUUAUGAGUUUAUUCUCGGAAAAUUGCAACAUAUCUUGUUAGAAUAUGACUUUUUUCUCUUAAUAUUUUGACUUUAUUAUCUUUUGAUUUUGAACUUUUAUUCCCAUAUUAUGACUUUAUUCUUGUAACAUUACAACAUUUUCUGCAACCUUUCUAAAAAUGACAACUUUAUUUGUUGUUUAUUGAAAAAAAUAUUUAAUAUUUCAAUUAUAUGCAAUGUUAUUCCUCAUAAUUUAUCUUUAUUCUGGGAAAAUUACUGUAGAUUUUUCCAUGUUUGUUUUCUUUUGGUCUUCUUUUUAAAUUGUAUUCUUUGAAUUUGCCACAAAUGACCCCCAGGCUGCACCACUAUUAACGAACAUACACAAAUGUACACAGAUGAUGCAGUAAUAUGUACCCAGGAAGCAACUUGUACUCAACAUCGCCUUAUUCUCCGUUUACUAAAUGUCGACGGGAGAUACUUUGGUGGAACAUUCUCUUGAAUGGAAAAGAGCUUGAUGUUGUCAAAGAGUAAAUACCUUGAAAUGAUCUCAGAUCCAACGCUUUCAUUCAACGGUAACAAAAAAAGUGUCAAGAGUUGAAUCUAGAAAGUUUUCGACACGGAGUACUGCUUGAGUACUGGUUACUUACCCGUCCUUCAGCUCUCAAGCCAAUAGAAACCAUUGACUAAAGUGUUUGGGGGAGAAAAAAAAAUCGGGGAAAAUCGCUGUCAGAUUCUUACAAAAUAUAAAUGACAAUAAAUUCCCGUGUCUAAUUCUUACCCACUAAAUUUUGAGGAAAAAACAUAUCUGUGAAUAAGCCACACAUAUCCACGCCAUAAAGUGGCAUAUUGUUGCGUGCACAAGCCCGACAGCAACCAAUCAUGAGCUAGGAAUCAACUCAACAAUGAGAAACCGCAGGACGUUAUUAGUCAAUAUAACAGUCACUCACGUGUCAUCUUACAAAUAUUUCUAUAUACUAGAUGCAAUUGAAUGUGAUGGAAGAUAUUGUACAUGUACGUCUUAUUAUGUAUUGCUAUGUAUUGUUGUGUUUUAAUAUUGUUUGUUUAAAUGUAGAGAGAUUACAGAUGGAAAUUAGCCUUUGGCUAGACUCUGGUGUGUUUACAUUUCAACAUGCAAUGUCCCUCCCGAAAUGAACUUUUAAAUUAAAAUGAAAUAAACAAGGGGUGACUGUAUUAUAGUCAUUGUAUUCUCAGCAGGGAUGAGAACUCGGUGCAAGAUCCAGUGAGUGUAUUAAUCCUUUAAAGGAGGCAUGUCCAGAUCUUUUUCGAUCUUUUGUGGUGGUGUCGUUGGGCUACAAUGGAGUAGGGCGUCUGCCCGCCAGUUGUGGUUGUUUGGGUGGUAUCAGCUUUGUUAGCAUGACAUUCAGAUGCAAUGAUGGUCACGGACUCACCUGAAGCAAAGGUGGUUUUGCCGCCUUGUGUAUUUGUUAGAGGCUAAAUAAUUUAAUCUUUUAGGAAGGUAUGAAAGGACAACGUUGUAUGUGGGACAAAUCUGGUGUCCCCCUCGGUUCAGGCAUGGCUUCUCCACCUUAAUGUAGAUGGCUUCCCUCACUCGUCUUUCAAAUGGUCGGUCUUCUCUGUCCAGAAUUGUAUCAAUAAUUUUCUCUUAUGUUUUUUUUUUUUAAUUGACGCAAUAUAGUAUCAUUUUUUGUCUGCUCUUUUUAUAAGAUGACGUUGAAUAUUAAACCAUAAAUCCAUCGCAAUUCCCCUUUGCAUGAAAUAAGCCGCACAUAAAUAUUCAGCUGUCUCUUUCAGGAUUCCAGGAUUAAUUUUCCAACCCUCGGGCUGAUGCAUCUGAAAAAGCAAUAGAUUGAGCUCGAAAAUUGGAUAAAAAUGAAUUAAAUGAUUUUUUUUUCCACUCUAAAUAGGUCCCUACUAGGUCCUUCAUUCUUUUGCGUGUAUCAUAUAUCAGUUAUUACAUGGCAGGCAUGAGGUUACGUAAAGGUUAUUGUCGUGUUAUUUUAUCACCACACGACAAAGAUAAUAAAUACGGGA